GCCGGCUGCGGGCCGGGUGCUCUCCUGCCAGCCGGCGCGGGAAGACCGGCGGGCGGCGGGGCCCGGCGCGGGGGACGGCGUUCCCGGGCCCCUGCGGCGGGCGCGCUCGCCCCGCCCUCCAGCCCCGGACCCCCGGGUCCCUCGGCUCCCAGGCGCCGCGGGGAGGAGGGCGAGGACCAGCUCCGUGCGGAUCGAGUAGGCGCAGGCUCCGGCCUAGUUGGUAACCAGAAAAAGCCAUGGCCUUGCCCUCAAGAAGCCACAUCUCAGGGCAGCUGCUGCCUCGGUGGCAGUCCUGGCAGGAGACGAGCGCAGAGGACCCUCCCCUCACCGGCCCGCAGCACGGGGACCGGCGGGGGCUCUCGGGUGCAGACCUUCCAGAGCCUUCACUCCAGGCUUGGACAGAUGAAGAGCUGUGUAUAAAGAACGAGUUUGCUGAAGAGGUGGAGAAUCCGGCCCCUGGCCUUUCUCCUUAGCCCUUCCUCCUGGGCACAAAGGAGGAUGGAAAAGCCCCUGGGCAAAAAGAAGGCAGAGACCCCAAAGGAGGAAGUGGAUUUGCUGAAGGACACGCCCAAAGGGGAGAGAGCGGCAUCUGGGGAGAAAAAGGCUGGCAAGAGGCUCACUGUGGCAAAAAAGCACAGCACGGAACCCAGCCUGAGCCCGGAGGAUGAGGAACAUCUAUUUGAUGCCUUCGAUGCUUCGUUUAAAGAUGACUUCGAGGGGGUGCCCGUGUUCAUUCCUUUUCAGAGAAGGAAGCCCUAUGAGUGCAGCGAGUGUGGCCGCGUCUUUAAGCACAAGACAGACCACCUUCGCCACCAGCGCGUUCACACCGGGGAGAAGCCCUUCAAAUGUGAUCGGUGCGGGAAGCCGUUCAGGCACAGCUCCGACGUCACCAAACACCAGCGAAUCCACACGGGCGAGAAGCCCUUUAAAUGCGGUGAAUGCGGGAAGGCCUUUAACUGCGGUUCGAACCUCCUAAAACAUCGGAAGACGCACACCGGAGAGAAGCCGUACGAAUGCAAGGAGUGUGGGAAAGCCUUCGCCUACAGCUCGUGUCUCAUUCGCCACCGGAAGCGCCACCCGCGGAAGAGGCACUGAGAAGGGGACGCCGUCUGCCAAGA